CGCCCCACUGCCUCGCACAGGCGCCUCCUUCCUUUCUUCCUCUUCCGCUGCGUUGGGCCGCUGUGAACAUUUCUUUCUCUGUGACUCAACCUGAAGCCGCAAGAUGAAUCCAGCUCCGGGCCAAGGCCCGUCGGGACGCCCGAACGCUCCAAAUGCCCAAGCCGCCGGGGCGCCGAAUCGACAGCAGGCCGCCCCUCUGUAUCGGCCUGAAAUGAUGCGAAACAUCACGUUCCUUGCCGAAGACGAGAAACUGAAGUACGAAAAGGGGCUCGCCGCGCUGUGGAAGGUGCACGAUACUGCCGCGCCUGGGUCCCCUGAACAGAACGAGGCGAAGAGAAAGAUCGGCGAGUUUGGCAAGAUACUGCUGGCCAAGCUUCAUCAGCGUCGCCAGCAACUGCAGCAGCAGCAGCAGCAGCAGCAACAGCAGCAACAGCAGCAACAGCAGCAGAACCAGCAGCAGCAGCAGAACCAACAGCAGCAGUCUCCUCAGCAACCCGGACAAGGUCCCUCUGCGCCUCUCGCCCAACAACCCCCAGUGGCCACGGGCCCAUCCGGGAACAUGUCGAACGCUCCUCCGCAAGCGUCCGCACCGGGGGCGCAGGCCGCGCCGAACCCUGGUCCCGCCGCUGGCCAGGCGAGACAGUUGCCUGCCCACAUCAUCAGCCACGUGAACGAGAUGCAGUUCCAGGCGCCGCCCGGCGUAGCCGACAAGGCGAAAUGGAUCGAGGAAGUCCGGCAGAAGUAUGCUAAGGCCUUGUAUUCGAUGGACAACGCUCGAAACAUGAUCAAGUCGAUCGACCAGACGUUGCAGGAGAAUCAGUCGCUGGCCCCGGAGGAGAGGAAGAAGCUGGAGGACAGGAAGGCGCAGUUGCAGAAACAACACACGGACGCCAUCACCUUUGCGAACAGCGUCAGGAAGCAGUAUGCUGUUGGCGGCGGCAACCAGAGGCCUGGCCAGAACGGGGGUGCGGCUACUGCCAAUGCGGGCAACCAGGCGCAGGCCCGUCCGCAGACCGCCGGCGCGCAGGGCGGAAACAGCAGUGGAGCGCCGGCCGCCGCUCCUGCGAAUUCGCUGCAGAACUCCUCGGCCGCCGUCAAUGCCGCCAUCGAGGCUGCCAAACAACAACAGGUGCUGGCAGCCGCCCGCGUUCCUGGUGCGGCGAAUUCCCUUUCAGCGCAACAAGGAGCGCAUGCGCAGGCUCCCGCAACGCCAGCACAAGCGCUACAGUCGCCCGUCACGCAAGCACCUCCGGCGCAACCUGCCGGCCCGCAGUCUCAGCCCCAGCAAUCGCAGCCUGCUGCGCAACAGCCCGCGCCCGUUAAGAUCGAGCCCGGCACGCAACCUCUACCUGCGCCUCUGAAUACGGCUAUCGCGACGGCUGCCGCCGGUGGAAUGCCCUCGGCAGGCACGCCGACCCAGCAGAACUCAGCACGCCUUCAGACGCCGCAGUCGGCCACUCCGACCGGUCUCAACGCGAACAUCCGCCCCCUCACCCACGCCGCGGCCGUCAACCUGGCAUCGCAGCCCCGGCCAGGCGCAAUUCCUGCCGCGCCCACUGCUGGCCCCGGAAACAGUGUUCUAGGCGCCGUCGGCCCAGCGCAGCAGCAGCAGGGACACCCUCACGCGCACCCGCCGCAACAGCCGCAGCCAACCGCGCACAACCUGCAGUCGAAGCUGCCAAUUCCGAAGGUACUCCACGAGAAGGCUACCCAAAUGCCCACCCCGGCUCCGAACAUUGGCGGGAUUGGCCCCGGCCGCCCGACCUACAGCGGUGGCGGCGGCAUUGGCGGCGGUGUUAUGAACCAGCCCGCCUUGCCCAAGCUUCCCGCGUACCAGCUCGAGGGCGAGGGCGAGCGCAUCCUCAACAAGAAGAAGCUGGAUGAGCUGGUCCGCCAGGUGUGCGGCGGAACGGCCGAAGGCCAAGAGGGCAAUCUGUUGACUCCCGAAGUGGAAGAGUCCGUCCUUAACAUGGCCGACUCGUUUGUCGACAGCGUGCUUCACCAGGCCUGCCGCAACGCCAAGGAGCGCGGCUCGAAGGUCCUGGAGAUCCGCGACAUCCAGCUCGUCCUGGAGCGCACGUACAACAUCCGCAUCCCCGGCUACUCGAGCGAGGAGCUGCGGACCGUGCGCAAGGUCCAGCCGAACAGCUCGUGGAUCAAGAAGAUGAGCGCCGUCCAGGCCGCCAAGGUCGUCCCCGGCAAGGGAGAUAACUGAUUUUUCUUUCUGAUAUUCAUGGCAGUGGCGUUUUCAGCCCAGAUUGUACUUUCCUACAUGGCGUCUACGGUACGGGGUCUACGAUGUGGUAGGCGCAAAGGAGAGUCUUGUGUUUCUUCUUCGUUCUUCUGUUCUGUGUUCGGGGGAAGGUGGGAUGGGAUGGACUGGCAAUUGUGGGAAGGGGAGUUUAGGCCGCGGAACACAGAGUCAGCUAUGCUGUCCUCGGGAUCAGGAACACGGGAUAGGACCGUCACUUUGGGCUGUCUUUAUUACUGCUGUCUUUGCGCGCCUUGAUGGAAACAAAAGGGCUUGUUUCAUGAAGCGGUAGCUAUCACCCUCUAUGGACGGCACCUUUAUUCGAGUCGGCGCCAACAUUCAUGAGAUGGGUGAGUGAGCCCCUGCAUCUGGAAUCGCCGUCGUUGUAGAAGGUAUCAGGCACUCGCUUCCAGUCCUCCGGAAUACACCGUCAGUGCUUGUGUGGAUUCUCAGUGUGUAUCAGUUAUAAGUUCUGGGCGCGGCCCAAGCGGGCGGUCACAAGCCUAAUCAGUCAGUUGGCGCGAAUAAAAAGCAAGGGAACGUCUUAUCUGCCUCUGCCAGUCGGUCAUUCAUUUUCACCCAGGCGACUGCCGGCGAGCGACUGUACCCGGAGCGCUGAGACGCUACGCCGGUGCGGGGGGGCAAAGGUUUACUUUGAUCUCAGCAGUUCUCUGGAGGUUGCUGCGAUGCUAGGAAUGUAGAAGCAUUGCAUUACUGGAGGUCUGCU